AUGGUCCUCGGCAGGCUAUUCCACUGGGGCUUUGACGCGAUGGCGAUCUCAGCAUUACUGGCAGGCGUCAAGAAGACCACUGGGUUCUCACCAGCGACUGAGAUGAUCCCCGACUCGUCCGUCAGGUCUAUAGCGAACGGCUAUCUCGGGGCGGGCGAGACGAUCUUCAACCUUGUUUCGGGGCAGGCGGUGACGAGUCAAUACUUUAAGCGAAAUUUAUGA